AUGGAACAGCCUACACAAAGUGCUGGACAGCAGCAGGGCAGACAGCAGCCUGUAUAUGACACCAGAAAUGGGGGGCAUUACGGAGCAAGUGCAGCUCUAUCUGCGCAAGGGUUCGCACCUGUUGCCGAGCUUUAUACGGGCACUUGGGCAAAUGCGAGUAGAGGGCUGCAAGGAACGGCUCGGGAUAUCUUGACAACAUACUGGCAGCACAUUAUUAACCACCUCGAGACAGAUAAUCACGAUUACAAGAUACAUCAGUUACCGCUCGCCCGUAUCAAGAAAGUGAUGAAAGCCGACCCGGAGGUAAAGAUGAUUUCAGCCGAAGCGCCUAUCCUCUUUGCAAAGGGGUGCGACAUCUUUAUCACCGAGCUUACUAUGCGCGCAUGGAUCCAUGCUGAAGACAAUAAACGGCGCACACUACAGAGGUCGGACAUCGCAGCAGCUCUUUCGAAAUCAGAUAUGUUUGAUUUCCUCAUUGAUAUAGUACCUCGUGAGGAGGCUACCUCGCAUGCGAAGCGUUCAAGUCAGACUGCUGGGGCAGCUGCAAGCGCAUCGGGCGCUGCCGGCCCCGCAAAUCAGAUGCCAGCGGCCCAGCAUGGAGUUCAGCACACUUCACACCAUAUGCCACCCCCAGACUAUGGCUCGCUAGGCCAGCACGGAUUACAAGAUCCGGAAUACCGACAGCCGACAAUGUAUGCCGGUGCUGUACAGUCGGACCCUACCGCGGCUUAUGGAGGGCAUCAACCUCAAAUGUUCGACGGAAUGUAUGCUUACCCGCAUAUGCCACCGCAACAGGUAUGUCACAUUAUCAGGGUUCGAUUGGUAUCACUGAGGCUAUCGUUAUGA